GUCGUGUAGAGUAGUUUGUCUGCAAAGCCCAAGCUUUCAGUGCUUCUGAUUUAAAGUUAAAGAAAUUUUCGGUCGAAAUUCGUGCAACUGCGAGCUCUUUUACUAACAACAUUAAAAACAAAUAAUUAUAAUGGCGGAUUUAACUCCAGUACAAGAGUACUAUAAGGGUAAAACAGUGUUUAUCACUGGUGCUUCUGGAUUCAUGGGAAAAGUGCUUUUAGAGAAAUUGCUCUAUUCGUGCUCUGAAUUGAAGGAAGUGAUUAUAAUUGUGCGUCCCAAACGUGGAAAGACUCCAGAUAUCAGAUUAGAAGAAAUGUUCAAAUUGCCGAUUUUUCAACGCAUUAAAGAAGAAAAACCAGAUGUGCUUAAUAAAGUGACAAUUUAUCAGGGUGAUGUAACAUUUGACUCACUUGGAUUAAGUGGUGAUAAUUACAAGCAUGUUGUUGACAAUACAAAUAUUGUUUUCCAUAUGGCUGCCACACUGAAGUUGGAAGGCAAUUUAAAGGAUGCGAUUGAAAUGAAUUUGACUGGCACCAAACGUGCUUUGUGCAUCGCAAAGGAAAUGAAAAAUCUUGAGGCAUUCAUACAUUUGUCGACAGCAUUUUGUAAUUGCGAUCAGGAAGUGAUGUAUGAGAAGGUGUACGAAUAUCCACAUAAACCAGAGGACUUAAUGCGUUUAGCUGAAUGGAUGGAUGUCAAGUCUUUGGAUGCAAUUACACCAGAUUUAUUAAAACCACAUCCAAAUACUUACACAUACUCAAAACGUCUGGCAGAACUAUAUGUACGCGAUCACUAUGAAACAAUGCCUGUGAUCAUAGCCCGUCCAAGUAUUGUAUCACCUUCAGCAUAUGAACCGAUACCUGGCUGGGUGGACAAUUUAAAUGGACCCACUGGACUUAUGGUUGGGGCUGGUAAAGGCGUUAUACGUUCAAUGUUAAUCGACACGCGUCAAAAAUCUGAAGUUAUACCAGUGGAUUAUGCUAUUAAUGGUCUUGUUACCAUACCAUACAAAUUCAGCAUUGAGGAUCGACCAAACGACAUACCGGUCUAUAACAUCACAUGCGCUGAUCAUCGCAAAAUUCCGUGGGGCGAGGUAAUUGAAUUGAGUAAAAAAAUUGGCUAUCAGUAUCCGGUUGAGGCUGGACUAUGGUAUCCAGACGGCUGCAUAACUACUAAUCGUUUUCACCAUCAAAUAAAUGUAUUACUUUUUCACUGGAUGCCGGCUUACUUUAUAGAUUUUAUACUUUUUAUAUUAGGACAAAAACGUUUCAUGAUACGCGUACAGAAUCGUGUACAAAUCGGAUUAGAGGUUCUACAAUUUUUCACAAUGCGUGCUUGGGACUUCAAGUCCACUGGAUAUGCUUCACUCUGGAACAUACUGUCGGAAGCUGAUCAGAAAAUUUUUAAUAUGAAUAUGGACCCAACGGAAGAUAUAGAAAUGUAUAUGGUGUCGUGUGUGCAAGGUGGACGACAAUAUUUGCUAAAGGAAUCACCAGAGUCUUUGCCACGAGCACGUAGACAAUUAAAAUUGUAA